AUGACAUUUCCUUCCAGACCGAGUGAUUUCGAUGCCCGAUACCUCCGCCGCCUGGUAGGAACUAAGGUCACUACCUUUUAUGACUUCGACCCCCUGCAACAGCUAUCUGCUGUCUCUCCCUCCACGUCUGCCAUAUCUCCCUCUGCGGUUCACCCUCCUGGGGUCUCCCCACCCGCAGCCUCGCCUCCUCCGUUCUCGCUCGAUACGGACUCCCUCGAUCCGGCCUCACUUACUACGGUCUCCUCCGCUACGGCCCCUACACUUUCCUUCUCUGGUUCGCCCCUCCCUCCAGGGGUCGGCCGCUCGUGGAUCAUCACGGAAAAGCUUUCGGAGAGGGCUAUCCAUCUCACACAAGAAGAUUUGGAUAUGGGCAGUGGGUCUCCUAUGACGGUUGGCAAAUUCCUGUGUUACCUAGAGGAGGACCCGGCCCAGAUAGCGUUCAUGCGAAUAUAUUAUCAGAUUCCCAUCACUGGAACGGAGGACGCUGAUCUAGCUACACUGGCCCAGCAGAUCCAACCCCAUGAGGUGUGUGGAGAACUGGAGGCGUUCAAAGCAUUGAUGAGUCAAGGCUGUAGCUCUACUCCACGUCUCCUUGGUUACUGCGAAAGAACGCAAGGGGAACCUGAUCUCGUUCCUGGUGGCUAUGUCAAAUAUCUCGUAUGGGAAAAGGUGCCUGGGGAGCCUCUUACGGAGGAACUUUUCUGGAGCUUGGAUCCCCUGGUACGAGAGGAUAUCCGUGCCAAGUUUCAGGCUGCCUUUGAAGAGGUGCUACGUUGCGGUGUCAAACCACAGCAGUCUAGAAUCUCGAAGAUCAUCUAUGAUCAGUCCACUGGGGAUGUUCGCAUUUCAGGGUUCCGAAGGGGAUGGCCAAUCCGUGAUCAACUUCAAUGGUCAGACACCCGUUAUAUCGCGUACAUGCUGGCUAAGCGACCCGACGAGAGGGACUGGCGUUCUCACCCAGAGAGAUGGGAGUUAUGA